AUGGCGGAGCUGGAGCUGCAACCGGAACCUGGCUGUUUGACAGCUUGGUUCGAUCGAGCAGCAGUGUUCUGGGUGCUGGCAGUGGAACGAUACCUCUCGGACUGUCCUGUUAGCCGAUAUGACGUGACCCUGUAUGGCCAAGGAGACGGAGACUGGGCCACACUGAAAUAUUCGCUGUCUCCGCAGCUAAACUUUUUAGUGGAGAGAAACGUGUUAUGCUCCGGCUGCCAGCUGAGAGUGAGCCGUUGCUCGGUGCUGUCGGACGGGUUUAGGGUGAUAGAGAGAGCCGAGGUGUUGAAGGGAACCAUGCCACCGCCGGCAUAUGUUGCGUCUCUGCCCAUCCCACCUCCCUUACGCUGUCGUAUUAAGUACUACCUGCCCCUAUGGGAGGAGAGUGACUAUUAUGGGGAGGACUGGAUUAUGCAAACGCACAGCCAAGAAUUUGUCAACCUGGAAGAUGAACAGAUAAUCGCACUAAAGGAGUUGCAAUUUAAUUGGAGAGGAAGGUUGAAAAUGGCUCCCCUACUGGUCAGAGUAAUGUACAAAUCCAGAUUAUGGCAUUAUGGAACAGCUGGCAAGAAUAUUGAUUGGCCUUAUCAGGCGUACUUUGAAGUUGCUGACUCAUCAGGUAUGAUGUCAGUGGUUCUAUGGAACUCCCUGUGUCCAAAGUUUUUUCGAAGUUUAGAAGUUGGGACAGUAAUCCUUAUUCAGCGGUAUGUAGUGAAGGAUGCAUUUCAGAUGAGAACACGACCGGUUUCGUACUACCCUGACUUAAAAACAUAUAAAGAAAUAGAUAUUUCCUUGAACCCUCAGAAACCUGCUGCUGAUAUUAAGAUUAUUCCACCAAAACAAGUCAAACCUGAGUGGAGGCUUCCUAAUAUUAAGUAUCGUUUUAUUACUAGGGACCAAUUGGACACUCUCCCAGACACCUAUGUUUGUGAUGUCAUUGGCCUUGUCACUUUUGUUGGCAGAUGUGAAAGAAUCCGAAAGAAGGAUAAUGCUUUUUGGGUUCGACGGUUUGUUGAGAUGAUAGAUCAAACAAGUAUGAAACCAUUUAUUCUGGAACUUUAUUGCACUUCUCAACCAGACAUCUACAAUCAACUACAUCCAGUGAGUUUCUUAGUCUGCACUCAAAUGAGGGUUGUCAGGAACAACUUCCAUGGUGGAUGCAGCAUUGCAUAUUUGACUUCAACCAGUGAGACUCAGAUUUACAUCACAGGUUAUCACAAAGGAAGACCAUACACAACUGACAGUACAGUUAGAAGAUUUAUUCAGUGGGCAAAAUCGCAACAUAAGACACAUUUUCUAGAAAAGUCUGCGGUUGGAGGAUAUUAUUCUUUUCCUCCCUUGCCUUCAAACUUUCAGGCAUACAGUCAAAACAUGAAAGGUAUGGUCGCUCUUGUAUCACUGUGGGAGUUUAAGGAAAAUGUAGAAAGUUUGCAUUAUAGGGAACACAAGCAUAUGGUUGUUCAAGGAGUCAUUACUGCUGUCAAAUAUAAAUCUCAAAAUACUUUGACUGGAAGUUUAAUGGACAAGAAACACACUCAGUACGAUGCUGGUACCUAUCUGACAAUGUGGGAAAUUAUGCAGCUUUUACAAUCUGGAAGAACUGAGCUAAACAAUUGCACAUCUAAUGAAUAUAAAACCAAGAUGGUUAAUGACCAGUCAUCAACAGAUGAUUAUUUACAUAACAUCAGUAAGACCAUUGAAAGUUUGGAGUCUAAAGAAGAGGAUACGCUCCUUGCAAGAUCGACAAAAUAUGAAGCUAUUCAGGCAUCCACCAUGAAAAAUUCAGCUCCUGAUCUUGAUCCAAAUUCAUUGUCCAAUAGUGAAGAAACAGAAGAUGAAUAUUUCACUGCUGAUGAAGAUAUCUCUGAAAUGGAUGAAGUUCCAACAUUGAAAUUGUUAAAUUGGUCAUGGGAAAGUUCAAAGUGGUCAGAGAUUAAAAGUCGAGUGAAAGAGUUCUUGUCAUUUGGACGUCUCCUUCCUGAAAGUUGUCCACAAAAAUUUGAAUAUGCAAAAAAGGAAGCAAUAAUGAACCAGCAUAACCUCCAAUCAUCAAGAUGUUCUUCAUUAUUAUUUGAUUCCUCUAGAGAUUUUGCCACUGCUUGGAGUAAUGGUUACUAUGCAUUGACGAUUGUUGAUAUGAUCAGUAAGUUUGCAGAUGCCAUGAAAAUUGAUGGUGUGAUAAGUAGCAAGCAAGAAAGUGUUAAACUACAGGGUAAUAUAGAUCGGCUGAAAGUGGGAAAUUGUCUUAAUCCUUAA